GACGGAGAUAGCAUUCUCGCGAGAAGUCUGGGAGGCGGCAGUGAUGGCGGCGGCGGGAACCGGACCCGGCCCGGGAGCGGGUGCCGGACCCGGCCCAGGAGCGGCCGCAAGUGCAACAGCGGCAGAAGACGGGGAGACGAAGCCGGUGGCAGCGGCAGCAGCCACUCCGGCCGGAGAGGGGACACCUUCUGCUCCGGCAACUGAGCCCAGUUCCGGAGAGGCUGAGAGCGGGGAUGCAAACUUGGUUGAUGUGAGUGGUGGUGUGGAGUCAGAAUCCUCUAAUGGAAAAGAUACACUAGAAGGUGCUGGGGAUACUUCAGAGGUGAUGGAUACUCAGGCGGGCUCCGUGGAUGAAGAGAGUGGCCGGCAGUUGGGAGAGGUAGAGCUGCAAUGUGGGAUAUGUACAAAAUGGUUCACAGCGGACACCUUUGGCAUAGAUACCUCAUCCUGUCUACCUUUCAUGACCAACUACAGUUUUCAUUGCAAUGUAUGCCAUCAUAGUGGGAAUACCUAUUUCCUCCGGAAGCAAGCAAACUUGAAGGAAAUGUGCCUUAGUGCUUUGGCCAACCUAACGUGGCAGUCCCGAACACAGGAUGAACAUCCGAAAACCAUGUUCUCCAAAGAUAAGGAUAUUAUACCAUUUAUUGAUAAAUACUGGGAGUGCAUGACAACCAGACAGAGACCUGGGAAAAUGACUUGGCCAAAUAACAUUGUUAAAACAAUGAGUAAAGAAAGAGAUGUAUUUUUGGUAAAGGAACACCCUGAUCCUGGGAGUAAAGACCCAGAAGAAGAUUACCCCAAAUUUGGACUUUUGGACCAGGAUCUUAGUAACAUUGGUCCCGCUUAUGACAACCAAAAACAAAGCAGUGCCGUGUCUACCAGUGGGAAUCUAAAUGGUGGAGCCACUUUUGGAGGGGGAAUUGCAGCCGGAAGCAGCGGAAAAGGAAGAGGAGCUAAGCGCAAACAGCAGGAUGGAGGGACCACAGGGACCACCAAGAAGGCCCGGAGUGACCCUUUGUUUUCUGCUCAGCGCCUUCCCCCUCAUGGCUACCCUUUGGAACACCCGUUUAACAAAGAUGGCUAUCGGUAUAUUCUAGCUGAGCCUGAUCCCCACGCCCCUGAUCCUGAGAAGCUUGAACUUGACUGCUGGGCAGGAAAACCUAUUCCCGGAGACCUCUACAGAGCCUGCUUGUACGAAAGAGUUUUGUUAGCCCUACACGAUCGAGCUCCCCAGUUAAAGAUCUCCGAUGACCGGCUGACUGUGGUUGGAGAGAAGGGCUACUCUAUGGUGCGGGCCUCUCAUGGGGUACGGAAGGGUGCCUGGUACUUUGAAAUCACUGUGGAUGAGAUGCCGCCAGACACUGCUGCAAGACUGGGUUGGUCCCAGCCCUUAGGUAACCUUCAAGCUCCCUUAGGUUAUGAUAAAUUUAGUUAUUCUUGGCGGAGCAAAAAGGGAACCAAGUUCCACCAAUCCAUUGGCAAACACUACUCUUCUGGCUACGGACAGGGAGACAUCCUGGGAUUUUAUAUAAAUCUUCCUGAAGACACAGAGACAGCCAAGUCACUGCCUGACACUUACAAAGAUAAGGCUUUGAUAAAGUUCAAGAGUUAUUUGUAUUUUGAGGAAAAAGACUUUGUGGAUAAAGCAGAGAAGAGUCUAAAGCAGACUCCCCAUAGUGAGAUAAUAUUUUAUAAAAAUGGUGUCAACCAAGGUGUGGCUUACAAAGAUAUUUUUGAGGGAGUUUACUUUCCAGCCAUCUCACUGUACAAGAGCUGCACGGUUUCCAUCAACUUUGGACCAUGUUUCAAGUAUCCUCCAAAGGAUCUCACUUACCACCCUAUGAGUGACAUGGGCUGGGGCGCUGUCGUAGAACACACUCUGGCUGAUGUCUUGUAUCAUGUGGAAACAGAAGUGGAUGGGAGGCGCAGUCCCCCAUGGGAACCCUGACCAGCGUCAGAAACGGGGGCUGGAUGAGGAAGGACAGCCAGCAUUGGAAGGGGGACACAUUGGAAGGAGUGACUUGUGUCUCGGCCACUCUCCUGUUGCUCCCGUCCUCGCCAACCAGAUCAGCCACCCCCCUUGUCCUGUGAAAACCGGAAUCUCAAGGAGGUGAACGGCGGUUUAAAAGGGCUGACAAUCUACUUCCAACUCUUCUCUUUGAACAUGGGUAUUGAUGUGUGCAGGUUAUUUUCCUGCCCUGCUUAUCUUCCUUUGUAACAGCUGGUGGUUAAAGGGCAGUUUUCAGAAUAGUAACAAUUGGAAUGUAAGAAUGCCCCUUCCCUGCGCAUCCCUUUAUUGCUUCCCUACCUCCCUUCUUAAACGCAUCAGUCUUACAACAAAUGCAGCCCUCCCAGCAUUGCCCCAAAGACUCUCCUGCAUGUUACUUUCUACCUAGGUUAACAGGUGGAGCGGUUCACCAAGAGGCAGGGGAUAUGUUGCCACAGAGUCACCAUAUCUUGUGCCUGUGGCUCUUCUGAAUAUCUUAUUGUCAUUUUCCUAUUUAAGAAAUUGCCCAAAUUUCAAGUGAAUUUUAGUAACUUAUUAGGUAGCAUUUACUUAUUAGUAGCAUUAACUAAUAUGUUUGUAUCCUAAUGAAUCUCCCACGCUCUUCAUUUUUGCCAUGCCAUAUAUCUUAACAGGAAACCUAACAGAGUCAGUUUGACUGUAGGCCCCUGUAGUGGAUUGAAUAAUGUCCCGCAAAACUCAUUGAAGCUUGAAUUGUGUUCCCAAAUUUUAUGCAUUAGAAACUUAGCCCCCACUGUGACUGUUAAGAGGGUGGGAAAUCCUAUCCUGGUAAUUGAAAGGUGGAGCCUUAAAGAAUUGAUUGGAUUGUAGGACCAUGCAGUAGUGAAUGGAUUAAAAAUGGUGGUCAGAGGUGUGGUUCUGAGGGCUUUAAAAGAAGAGGAGAGUCUGUCUUUCUCUCUCUCUGCUCUCUCUGCUUCCACCAUCUUGCAGUGUGAGACCCUGGGUCACUAUUGCCUCCACCAGAUGGACUUUGGACUUCCCAGCCUCAGAAACUGUAAGCAGUAAAUAUCGUUUUUCUUUAUAAAUCACCCAGUUUCAGGUAUUUUCUUAUAGCAACACAAAUGGUCUAAUACAGCCCAUCACCCCUAGACACAUUAAUUUGUGGGCUGGUCUUAAAAGGGCAAACCUGGUUAUAAAGCUUUUAGAUCAUCAGAGUUUGAGGGACUCCAAGAAAAUGAGGUGGUAUAACCCAGAGGAAGCUGGAGGUAAACUCUUUGUCACAUAAGUGACCACAUAUAAGUUGUGCGCCCACUCCAUCUAAACUAUAAAAUGAGGUUUUUGUAUACUUGGCUCUCGUAAGUCAGAGGUGACAGAAAUAAUAAUUUUCUUGUUAAUACUGGAUAUUCGAGAGAGUGUGUGUGUUUUUGUUUUAAUAAGGUUCAUUUGAGGAACUCAGAGAAUACCUACUCUUCAGAUAGUCCUAUAAAAAAUAGUUUCUGUAAUCAGAUCAUCUGUGACAACUUGUUUAAAUCCAAUGUAAAAUUAAGUGGGAAAAGCUCUCCCCAGAUACCACAAAGACACAGUUACAUAGUUUGAAGGAGGCAAAUUAUAAUCCAGUUCAAAACCAUGGUGUUUGUUGAAAGCCCCCCCUUUUUUUUUUUUACUGUCAGCCUGUUCUCUUGAAACUAGAGUAUAUUUUGUAUUAACAUAUCUUUAAAAAAGUAACCAUUUUCUCUUAUCUAGUAAUGGUAGAAAUAGUUCUCUACAACUAUCUACCCUUACUCUGAGGUUCCUAGAUAAACAAUAAUUUCACCCAUGCCAAAAAAAGACUAAGAAGCAGUCAGAAUAAAUUAUAAUAAAUACGUCUAUCAGUUGUAACGUUGUAAUACCUCAAUAAAUACCAAUGUUCCCACUGUUGCUAUUUUGUUUAAUAAAUAAGCUAGAACUCUUAUUUCCAAAUGGUGUAAAUCAUCAAUGCUAUUAAAACUAGAACAGAAGAGUUUUAGGUGGUAAUUGUUGAUUUUUUUUUUCAUUCUACUUAACACAUUUUAGCAAAGUAAUCCCAUUCCAAUUUAUAUUUUUAAAUUACAAGUACUCUGAAUCCUGGAAAAGGGAAUUUGCUAUCACCAUGUUAUCCCUUCAGCCAGUUCUCCCAAAAUAGUAAAAUUUUAACCUGUUCAAGUAGAGAAGUUGGCAGCCCCGAGCCAAGUUGGCAGCUGUGGGAUUCUCUUACUACUGACUGACAUCAUAAGUAAUA